AUGCAUGUACUCCCUCCAUAUAUAUUUCAUACAUGUUGCCGCUCUUUCCUUCCCUCGCUCUCUCCCCCUCUCGCUCUCUGUAUACGUAUAUGCGUGGCGGCCAGUGGAAUGAGCGAGCCGGCCACCCCGCCGCCCGCACGGCGACUGGACGAUCUCUUCGACGACGCCAUGGACGCAGUCGCCGCGCUGGAGACGUGCCGCACUGCGCUGCACGUCUUGCUGCAGCAGGCGCACUUCGCAUACAGUGACGCGCAGCGGGAGAUGGACCGCGCGGGCCUUCUUCUCGGCUGGUCCGCCGU